CCGGGACCGGUGACUCCCUCUGUCCGUCUCCGAGCCCCGCGGGCCCUGCCCCCCAGGAUGCGGAUCUCACACUUUCUGGCUUGCGGACUUUCACUGGCCCUGCUGUCCGUCCGGCUGGAGGCGAGACCCGCGGCGCAGCCCCAGCAGAAGCCCCCACGGAGCGCGCCGGGACACGAGCUGGCGGACAGCCUGGCCGCGGGCCCCGAGCGAGGGGAGACGGCGGGCGGCGGCGGCCGGGGCUCGGGCUCGCGGCUGCUGCGGGAGCUGCGCGCGGACACCAAGUCCCGGGCCGCCUGGGCCCGGCUGCUGCGCGACUACCCCGGCAAGCGGCGGCACAAGGGCGUCAGCAAGAAGGGCCUGUCCAAGGGCUGCUUCGGCCUCAAGCUGGACCGGAUCGGCUCCAUGAGCGGCCUGGGCUGCUAGAGCGGCGACACCUGGCGGCGGGCUUUGAAUACAUUCCCCACCCCCAUGGCCAUGCCUGGCCACUCCCCAGCCAACACCUAGAGGAGCAGAGAACACCGGAAAUGGGACAGACGAUGUGGUUGUGUUUUUCUUUUCGGUACGAGGAGUCAUGGCACCAGCUGUUUUGGUUUUCUUAUUUUUUAAGAUUAAAAAGUUCUCUCUAUCUUAUAUAUUGUAUAUUCUAUACAAACACUCACCAGGACAAAGGACAGUGCUUUUCCAAAAGACUGAUGAAGCCAGCUGUAUAACAUUGCUGUUUGAAAACCCAUGUCAUGCAUAAAUGUAUUUAUGUUGUAAAGCUAUUUAUAUAUUGUUUAUAAAGAGAUAUUUAUAAAAAUUUUAUUUAUGGAACUAAAUGAAAUGAGUCGAGCAGUGUAACUUUUUUUGUCCUAAAUAGUUGAAAAAUGUAAAAAAAAAAAAAAAAAAAAAAAAAAAAAAUCAUUCCAUGUGGCAUUUUGUAACCUGUCUUCAUUUAUUGGAUUGAGUCACAUUUUUUAAAGUACCAGAUCAAGUCCUUUGAACAGCAGGGAAGCAAUAUAUUCUUUAUAAGAGUAGAGAGAGAGAGAGAAAGCGAUUUGCAUUUUAGCCUUUGCCCUCUCAUGCAGGGUGCUCAGUGAGGAAAUAAUUAUAAAUCCGAUCCUGAAAUCGUGUA